AUGCUAGCUCGGGAUGAAACGCCUGGAGUCAAGCGUCGAUUAAGGACAGGAUGUCUGGCGUGCCGUAAAAGGAGACGAAAAUGUGACGAGCACAAGCCCUCUUGCGAAAAUUGCGUCAAGCGGGGAGCGCAAUGCCAGUAUCCAGGGUUCACCUCCGUGUCGAUUCCCGCGGCCGCGAAAUCUGGCUACUCGAGUGGCAACUCAAGCUUGUUUCGCGCCACGAAUGAUGAUCUGGGCACUGGAGCUGCUGUGCAGGCCGAUGAUCCGUCUGAGACUGGCCAGGUGUUGGCUGACGCUCUCGUCAAUGGCCUGGCCUCGCCAACUCAACAAUGGCAACAGUCACACUCAGACCCAACCACAUUAUCGACGAACGACCAGAGUCACAUCAACCUACGGCCAUCUCAGGCAACUCCAGUCGAGCGUUACUAUCAGGGCGUGCAUCUGCCGCUAGAAUCCACAACACUCUCGACGUUUCAAUUUGGAACCGAAAACACGGUCUCAACCACAUCAUCAUUAUCCUUCGACUUACAUCAUGUGCUGCAUAAGCCAAGUUUGCUGGCGCCACGGAGCCAGGUAGAUCCCGAACGAGCAUCGAUUCCCAAUGAUGUCUUUCCUCCCGACUCUUUGCAGACAACAAAUCCAACAUCGCUUGCUGGCUCCAUUUCAUCCACCACGGCGAGAGAGACAGCACUUCUUUGUCACUUUCGCUACAAUUUGGCACCUUGGCUGGACAUUAAUGAUUGUGGGGCUUUCUUUGGAGUCAAGUUGUUUCUCCUUGCUCGGGAAACCCGAGCUGUGAUGGCGGCGAUCUUGUCAAUCGCUGCCAGGCAUCUACACCUCAAGAAUAAGUCGAAUGUCCGCGGUGCAGACCUUGAGUGUUGUCUAAGCUACAGACAGGAGGCCGAAAGCGCCGUAUUCCACGAAACAGCAUCUAUUCAGCAGCUGGUAAAGAUCCUGCUGGUAUUAGAAACUUUCCUUCGUUCCAACCCACAGCAGUGGAAGGAUGUGGUGCGUCAAGUGGCCAGCCCCUCAGAUUCGGUCGCCUUUGAGGUCGUGGAAGAACCGCUUCGGUGGGUUUGUUUCCGAAUUGGUAUGCUCCCAUGCACACAAGCAUCGUAUUGA